AUGAUUCAUAAAUUUCUGGACAAAGAGGAAGCCGCUAAGCCGACAAUUGCUGUUGACUACUCUUUCGGCCGCAAAGCUAAUAAAAAUUUAUCCAGAGACCUGAUACACAUCUGGGAAGUGGGUCAUCUCACCCCAUCAAUUAUAAACGCAGCGUUGGUUGGCAGCUCGCUGUCACAAGCAACAACGUUUAUUAUAAUCCUGAACCUGAUGGCUACAAAUACAGUCUGGUUGUCAUUAGAAACCUGCCUGGGGGCAGCUUGGGCAGCCAUCAAAGCCCACCUGGACGACGCAAGUAUUGAGCAACUGAAAAGCCAAAGGAAUAAAGGUCUAACCGAAGCUCUUUCGUCGAGAAAUAUUGAGGGAAAGUUCAUCAAUCCUUUUCCUUUUAGGCUGUGCAUUCUCGGGGGACAGUAUGAUAAAUUCAAAAAAUUAGACACGGUUACCAAACAGAGCAUAGGAAAAACUCUGAGAGGUAUUGCAUACAAUUUAGGCGCCGAUUUGCAAUAUUACUCUUCAAAAGAAGGUACUUUGAUAAAAAGAAUGAAAGAACUAAUGUCCUACUACGGAUUCAAUCACCAAAGAUCUAAAGAGUGCAUCACAGAUUACAACAGCCCCUUGUUGAUACCAUCAGGCACUGUGGCGGACGAUGACUCCAUUGCUAACUCGGCGAUUGUUGUCGAUAAGAUCAAAAAGAUAUUUUUGAGCUGUCCUAAUGUUCAUGAUAACAACAGCAAUCAAUUGAAGUUGUUGAACGAGGAGCAGGACUCAAUUAACGACAAUCCAAUUGAUGAUACUAAUUUUAAUGAAGCCCGCCGAUCAGGUGUCAAGGGGAGCGCAUGCGUCUCUAUUAAAUCGAAUAGUGAAGGCGGUGCAGGAUUACGAGCGACAUUGCCGAUUGUUUUUUAA